UCUGACACCAUGGUCAGCUCCUGUUGUGGCUCCCUCUGCCCUGAGCAAGGCUGUGGCCAGGAGCCCUGCUGCCGCCCCAGCUGCUGCCAGACCACCUGCUGCAGGACCACCUGCUGCCACCCCAGCUGCUGUGGCUCCAGCUGCUGCCGUCCCCGCUGCUGCCUGCGCCCAGUCUGUGGCCGGGUCUCCUGCCACACCACUUGCUAUCGCCCCACCUGUGUCAUCUCCACCUGCCCCCGUCCCGUGUGUUGCCCCUCCCCUUGCUGCUGAAUCUCUGCUUUGAACACAGCACUUCCUCACUGCCUCCCUCCCCACAGAUGCAGACCCUCCUUUUCAAAAAUGUGGAGUGCUUAAGAGAAUUGAUCUCUUGAGUCCCACAAGCAAACCCCAGUCCUAUUAAUUCUGUGUCCUCAUUCCAACUUCUGUCCAAACUCCCUUCCUUCCAAAUGAAUUCAUUUAGAAUUUCCUAAUAAAUUAAAUACCCACAACUUUCCUC